AUGAGCUCCCCGUGUCCCCGCUGUCAUAAGACCGUCUACUUCGCGGAGAAGGUCAGCUCUCUGGGGAAGAACUGGCACCGAUUCUGUCUGAAAUGUGAGAUGUGCAGCAAGGUCCUCUCCGCCGGGGGACACGCAGAGCAUGAUGGACGCCCAUACUGCCACAAGCCGUGCUAUGCUGUCCUGUUUGGCCCUAAAGGUGUGAACAUUGGUGGAGUUGGGUCCUACAUCUAUGAUACGACGCCUCGAGCCUCGGAGGACCAGGGUCCUGUCGCCCCCGUUGUCAGUGCUGCAAACAAUGCUGCCAAGCCUGCCACACGAGUUGUAGCCCCAACACGGACAUUUGCUGGAGAGACUGCCAUGUGCCCAGGCUGUGGAAAGGCUGUCUACUUUGCGGAGAAGGUGAUGUCACUUGGCAGAAGCUGGCACCGCCCCUGCCUCCGAUGCCAGCGCUGCAGCAAGACAUUGACUGCAGGGGGACAUGCGGAGCAUGACGGCCUGCCAUACUGCCAUGUGCCCUGCUAUGGACAUCUCUUUGGACCAAAAGGGGUAAAUAUCGGAGAUGUUGGAUGUUACAUCUAUGAACCUUCCGAUGAGACAGAGAGCCGGGAUCAGAUGUGA